AUGCAUCGAAGACGCCCUUCCAACUUACAAGAACUGGAAAAUAUCUACAAGCAGGAGUGGGGAAAAAUAUUUCCAGCAUACUGUGUAAAGCUUGUGAAGGGUUAUCCAAAACGACUUUCAGCUGUCAUUGCUGUCAAAGGAGCUCCAAUCUUUAGAACGCAUGAUGCAAUAUUUGGAAAGUUCAUGAAAGUUAAGGCCUCUGUAGAAUCUAGAAAUCUCAUGCAGUAUGUAGAAACGAAGGCUGAAGUUUUCAAAGAUAGUAACCACAGAAUAACAAGGAGUUAUAGUUCUCUUGCAUCACUUAUUGUGCUUGUGAAGAAGAAAGAUGUGUCUAUAAGAUUCUGUGUGGACUAUCAGAAAGAGAAUGAAGUCACAAAAAAGGAUAUUUACUCACUGCCAAGGAUUGACUCUACUUUGAAUUCUCUACCAAAAUGGUUUUCAACAUUGGAUCUUUAG